GACCGAUUUGAUGUGACGCGAAAUUGCAGCAAACAAGUCAUUGAAAUGCAAUGUCAUUGUGUUUCUUUCCUUCUCAACUAUGGUUCAUCCUGCACGGACCUUCCAAGCCCGCCAAACAGCUGUUUUACCUCGCUCUCACGGCCCACAACCACCACUUUACCGGUGACGCAGAACCAGAUUACUACUCUAAUGGAUACCAAAGCUUCACCGACUAUGAGAAGCCUCCAAACCUGGUUGGUUUGGACCUCGUGGCUCAGCUGCAGUGGCAUGGGUCUUAUUCCAAUCCUUAUUAUCUCAACAAAGUCGUCUCCUUUUGCGCCAAAUCCGCUUAUAAGGAUUUUGGUAUUCAAGUCCAUUGUACGAUUAUCAAAUUGAGUUUUACUUCAAACGUAUAUGUAUCCAGUGCUGUUGUUGAUAUGUAUGCCAAGUGUGGCGAAAUUCAUUCUGCUAAAAAAAUGUUCGAUGAAAUGCCUCAACGAAAUGAAGUUACUUGGAAUUCGUUGAUUUCUGGGUAUCUGAAUGUCGGUUUCCCACAAAUCGCUGUUGAAUUUUUUGUCGAGAUGUUAGGAGUGAUGAGAGUUGUGACACCAUCUAGCGUUUUAGCUUGUCUUGUGGGUUGCUCGCAAUUGGAGGCAAGGGAACUUGGGGUUCAGGUUCAUGGGCUGAGUGUGAAAGCUGGGUUUGGUUACAAUGUUGUUGUGGGGACGGUUUUAAUUGAUAUGUACUCAAAGUGUGGCAAUGUCAACGAUUCUCAGCGGGUUUUUGAUCAUAUGGCGGAUAAGAAUGUUGUUACUUGGACGUCUUUGGUUACUGCAUAUGCACAAAAUGGAUACCCGGAUGAAGCUAUCAUGUUGGUCAGAGAAAUGACGCGUUUGGGACUCAAAUCAAAUUAUGUGACUUACAACAGCCUGCUAAGUUCAUUUUCUGGUCCUAAACAUCUGGACUAUUGCAAGCAAGUUCACUGUUGUAUAAUUCGACAUGGUUUCGAGUCGAAUGUGUAUAUAGCAGCAACUCUUCUCACCGUGUACUCAAAGUGUAGCAACAAUGUUGAGGAUUUUAAGAAGUUACGGUCAGGUGUUACAUCACAAGACCACAUAUCAUGGAAUGCAAUCAUUUCUGGUUUAUCCAAUUUAGGAUAUGGUAAGGAUGCUCUCCAUAGUUUCUUUGAAAUGAGGCAGGCUGGCAUUAUUGUGGACUUCUACACAUUUACAAGUGUGCUAGGAGCAAUAGGGGGUAUUUCAGUCCUUGAAGAGGGAAGGAAAAUGCAUACUCUUAUUGUAAAGAUGGGGUUUGAUCAAAAAUUGUGUAUUCAAAAUGGACUUGUUUCCAUGUAUGCAAGAUGUGGUGCCCUCAAUGAUUCAAAGAGGGUGUUUUGGUUGAUGGAGGACCGUGAUGUGAUCUCUUGGAAUGCACUUCUAACAGGAUGUGCUCACCAUGGAUAUGGCGAGGAGACUCUAGAAUUGUUUGAACAGCUGAGAAAAACCAAGAUCAAACCUGAUAGCACCACCUUUCUUGCUGUGUUAUCUGCUUGCAGCCAUGCUGGUUUUGUUGAUCAGGGACUUGAGUAUUUUGAUUUGAUGAGAAGUCAUAUCUCAAUUGAAUCUCAUAGAGUAGAGCAUUAUGCUAGCGUUGUUGAUAUUUUUGGCCGGGCUGGGUGUCUAAAUGAAGCUGAAGCUGUCAUUAACAGCAUGCCAAUAGCUCCAGGGCCCUCGGUUUAUAAAGCUCUGCUUAGUGCUUGUUUAGUUCAUGGAAAUAGAGAAAUUGCUGCACGCACUGCAAAAAUGCUUCUAGAGUUGUGGCCUAAUGAUCCUGCGACAUACAUAUUACUAUCAAAUGUGUUGAAAACAGGAGGGUGUUGGAACAAUGCGGCAGAUGUACGGAAACUAAUGUUUGAUAGAGGAGUAAGGAAGAAGCCUGGUUAUAGUUGGAUUUAAAAUAACGGAUGAAUGGUUACUUUUUGCAAUAUUAAUCACUUAACAAUGCAGCCUGUCACUGACAUAGGGAGAUGAUCAGCCUGUCAUUUUCAGAGGGUGGUUGAGAUAAUGUAGACCGACUUCCUUUGUUGCAUAUGGGUGGUUUUAGUGAUUCAGGUGGCAAAGAACUGAGGAAAUAUUUUCUAUAGGACUGGCUUUACAUACUACUUGAGAUCAUCUCUUCACUAGAUCAUAGUUAUGGACACUUGGAUAGAGCAAUGGAUAAUACCAAUCUCUAUAUCAACUGUAUAUAACACCUAGUCAUAAUUGCUACCAUCAGGUGGGAUGUGGAUAACUUUUUGUGGUUUCUUGUCCUUGUGGCAGAUCUGUACUUCAGAGAGAGAGCACUCGAUCAAUCUGCUUGUUUAUGUGUUGAAAUAUCAUAGUGCCUGCAUGUUGUCCUGUUAGUUUGCAGGUGUGUUGCGGCAGUUUGUAGAGAGCCUCUGUGCUUCCACCGUCGCUAAGGGAGAGGGAGAGGCGUCUGGUUGAAGCUUCUUGCUGGGACCCAAAAUCGAAGGGGCUAUCCGUAAGGCACGAACAGGAUGCUAAAGAGAGCCACCGCUGCCACCUUCAACCACUUUCUGGGUUGAUCUAUGACGCCAAGCUGAGGUUCCUCGCAUUGUUUUGAUUUGAGUUCCUGUUGCGGGUUGGAGGUGUUGUUGGGUCGAGUCCUCUUACCCGGAUCCUUCUGCUGCCCUAGGCUUCUCUGGGCUGGGCUUUCAUUCAAGACUCUAGUGUUCUCUGUUUGUGUUAAGGGCUAAAGCCUUUUUGAGUUGAGGGCUUGGAUCUUUUUUUUUUUUUUCAGCUGUUUUGUCUCGGCCUGGGGAUUGUUGCUUGUAACUUGGAGCCUUAUAUAUGCCUUAACUUUUGGUCUUA